UAUAUAUAUAUAUAUAUGUCGCCGAGUCACGCGAUUCAGGAGAAAGACUUUCGGAUAAUUACGGACUUUAAUCACGGGUACCACAGAUUAUUGCCUAUGGAUGAAUGACUGCGAUAAAGACAUGUUCCCUUACUCUCGCAGUGGAAACAAGGGGAACGUCCGCCACUAUGCCAAAUUUGCUUCUAUUAGUAGUGAUAUGUGGGGUCAUCAUAUAUACUUCGGCAGUUGACAGUGUUCCUCUCAGUUGUCUGCCAAGAACGGACGACGACCCAUGCCCCCCAGACCAUGAAAUAGCCCCAUGUACGACAAGGGGGACCAAGGACAAGUGUGUUCCUUGUGCUCCAGGACUACGCAUGUGUGAUGCCACAACAUCAGCCUUCCCAUCGAAGUGUUACGAUCCCAGAGACACUUGUUCUGCUGAUGGAGAUAAUGUUGUCCAGGUGAUCGACGAUCCUGAUGGGGGAUGCACGAUAAGUUGCCUCUGUAAUGAGAGUGCAGGUUUCACUGGAGCUAACCCCCUGCAGUGUCAGUCGUAUGACCAGGCAUGUGACCAGAGCAGUUCUCAUGAGUUGGUCGGUGUCAGUUCCAGUCGGUGUCUCCCCUGCCCAGAGAAUUACCACAAUCCCAAGGAUGACGGACUGGACAAGUGUGUCCUACGCUCAACAUCAUCAUCCACUGCAGCUCCUUUGUUGGUUUUGCCCACUUCAACAGCAACUCCUCCACAGCCUGUGUCAGCAGCAACAAUGACUCCAUCUGCAGUGUUGGAAACAAACAACAAGCUUGAUAAUGGGAAUGACAUGCAAAGUAUACACUUCCAGACAGGCUCCAACUCCAACACCAAUAUCAUCUCCAAGUGGUACAUUUGGUUCUCUGUUGCAAUCUUGGCUUGUGGCAUCAUUGUUGGAGUUGUGGCAGUCCUGUGUUACCGAACAAGAACAAAGGACUCCGUUGACAGAACGAAUGCUCAAAAUCGUAUGUGCAUCUGCUGUGUGUUUGGAUCUGUGUCCAGUUGUCCUGGUACUGCAGUGAUUAACGAAGGUUUGCCUGCAGAGAAUCAUCAGCUUUUGGUUAGAUAUGGUACUACAGAACAACAACAUCUUCAAGAAUCAGAUGCUGAGACAGACGAGCCAAUAGAAAGUCUACCCAGGCAGUCUACUGACCAACCAGAGCAGCCUAUUGCCCAGCCAGAGCAACCAGAGCAGCCUAUUGCCCAGCCAGAGCAACCAGAGCCGCCUAUUGCCCAGCCAGGGCAGCCAAAGCAUUGUGGAAGUUUACCAAGUUAUGACCCACCACCAUACUCAACAGGACAGUACAGGCAUGGCGUCGUGGGACCUACAAUAAACUUUGACCCCAUGACCUUGAGUAAUUCCGAUCACAUGACAGCAAGGACAGGGGCAGUAGGCCCCGACACAACUCUCGGAAAAAAGGAAAUUGUUCUCAAUGAAGGUGAACUUCUGGACCCCACAAGUCAUGAUGGACCAUGUGCUAUGACUGCCAGGACUAUAUGUGCCACGACACCCCAGCAUUCAUCGCUCCAAGGUCAACAGAACACAAGCGUGAAGUCUGUUGUGAAAGAAGGACAUAUAGCAGAAGUCUCGAAGACUGAGAAAAAAAGACCUGUCUCGGAUAAACAUCCUGUUGUUGAAAGGAUGAGAACAGAAAAGCCAGUCUUGCCCCAGCACCAGGCCGAACCCGAGCCCGAGCCCAAGCCUCAGCCUCAGCCUCAGCCCGGUGUAGUGGAGAGUAGGAAUCAGAGCCUGGGGUCAGAGCCACCAUCUUUAGGUGGAGAGUCACUCCAUCUUAGCAGCUUCAAGUCAGGCCCAACUCCUACAUUAUAGGGGAUGCCAAACACCCCUCUCUGUGUUGUAGGAUCAAGGGGUAAAUGAUCAGUUUGAAACAUGGGUACACCUACAGAAUACCUCUCCACCACGUUUGUUUGAUGCUAUUACUACACGACAGCGUGGUUAUUUCUAAAAUAAGGCGAUGAAGUGCAAAAAGGCCAAAAUAAAUGCUCUGAUUGCAUUUGUUUGGUAUAAUAUGCUUAAACCUCAAAAUUGAAUAUCAAAGCAAAGCAUUCAAAAAUUGGACAUCAAUGACAUCCAUCAAGGAUUUAGUAUUUUAUGAUCGCCUUAGAUUUUUUGUCGACACACCCUCCCUAUAAUAAUUAACCAGUUGAAAGUAAUGCUCAAAUGGAGAAAAAAAGAUUAUUUGAAAACAUAGAACUUAAGGAAUUUAGAUUCUGUUCUCUCAGAAAGUGUUGAUCCAUAGAAGUUACAAACUUCAAUCCUCAUUGCGGGUUUGUUAUUUUCUGAAUAUUCAGCAUUGCCCAGUUGUGAUCAACUACAAUUUAAGUUAAGAAACAUAAUCUAUUUUGAAAUAAAAUCAUCCAUUUUCACACCAAAGUCACUUGAAGACAGAUACUGUUGUUUUAUGGAAACA